AUCAAUCUCUCUCGCUCUCUCGCCUGCUCCGCGGUGGCCCACACCCCCGGCUCCGCGCGCUGCAUCUGCAUUCUCGCAUCGACAAGCCAAAUUACACACCUGGCGCCUUCAACUAGGUUGCUUGAGGACUUCCGGACCAGAUAAGCGUGGGCAGACCACGGCGGCAUCGGAUACACGUUUCCAAGUACUCGAGUGACCAGCAUCUACGUACGGAUACCGCCAUCGAAUGAAUUGUACAAACAAAACGGUCUCAGCACGGACAGACCCUCUCUCUUUCUCUCAUCGCCUGCUGUUUUUUCGCAGGUUGUUUUGCAGCAGCACCUAUAUCGACAGAAGCAGCACAGCCACAUCCACGAUCUAUUCGGUUCUCGGUACACGCAGUCCGCGAGAACCUUUGACCAUUCAAAGACGGUCACUUUGUGCUUGUCUGCUUUACGGCUUGCCCUACCUUGGCCAAGCCAGAGGUAACGUCAAGUACCUCGCCUUGAGUUUGGUGCCAUUGCAACAUCAACGACUCUCCCUGUCGUGCCUGUGGCCAGCCGUCGGAGACCAAUCGCAAACCGCCAUUCCAUUCCAAAGGAUCCAAAGAGAAGGGCUCCAGAGGCUUGCCACACCCAUCCACCAUUUUCUCUGACUCUAUUUGAUCAUCGUGGGAACCACCGCGCCUCUUCUUUUCAGUCCGCAUCGUCUACCUGUUUUUAAACCUUGUGUCUUUUUUUCCAACGUCCACCAUCUCUUGCCUAUAGUCCGACUUUGCUCUGGCAGAGUUGAGCCCCAAGAGCAUAUCUCUCGGGGCACGCAGCGUCGACGCUCUAGUAAUUACACACACACUCUCGCACACUACAGACACGCACACACGAGCAACGCACACACCAACCGAGGCACCUACAGAUAGAAGCUAGGAGCGACAAGGACAAGAACAAGAGGCACACACGCGACAUACUGCAUACACCAUUCGUCCCGACUUGUAUCGACGUUUCGAACCCCGGGGACUUUGAACAUUGCUUCCCGCCACGCACUUGGUACCUGUUGGCCCGUUUUCUCUCGACACUUCGCGCUCAACCGCUCCUCUGAGAGCCCGUAGCUGCACCCAGUACAAUCAACCAGUCACUCACUCACUCUGUCACUCAUUGUACGGACCACCGUCUCCGCAAAUUCAUAGGUUGAUUGGACGUCAAGUCCUGUUUGCCUCCACCGUCGAUACUUCUCUCCGCGCGCCCACUUCAGCCCGUACUUUGUCAACAGUCAAGCCGUGUCAGGGUACCUGUUAUUCUCUCCCGCCAAGGUGCCCCGGUACCUCAGCCCUCUGAACGCACGCAUAAACCGUCCAUUCAAGACGUCUGCAAACGAACAUUUAGCUUUUUUGUCAAGCCGCACAUCACAUCAUUUGGAGACGAACGCUCUUCGCUCGCCCACAUACGCACAAUCCCAAAAAGAACGCAUUGCCCCCUUUGGUACUCUGCUCUGUGACCUGUCGUCACCACCUGUCCAAACUUUCAAUAUCUGUACCUUGGUGGAGAGGAGCAGAGAAGCAGGCAGCCAACAAAACCAGGCCAACCGCGAACGAGUACCUACCUACCUACGGAUACUCAUUGACGGAUAGAGGAAGAAGAGAAUAGAGGAGGCAACGGAACGGGAGGCAAGAAACAGCAAGGCAGCCACCGGGGAUUUGUAGCCCCCUCGCACACACGCACAUUCGACUGUCGAUUCCUCGCAAGACAGGAGUACAAGAUUUGGUAAGUUCGGCGCAAAGUCUCGUCUCUCGUCUCUGGGUUGGAUCCAAUAACAGGGCCAAACUAUCAUUGCCCCUCCCCCCCUUGUCUGCCUAUUCUGAUCUUUCCCAUCUCAUUCUCCCGUCCUUUCGCCUCCCUCCUUUCCCGCCUUCAUUGCUUGUCUCUACCUUACCUCGCACUCUAUUCACACCGUCACCAAGCUAUACAGAGUUGAGCACCUUGGCAUCCCCCUCCAAAGCAAGCAAGCCAGAAAAAAAAAAAAGAGGUACGAUAAUUACCGGCAAGAAUGUGUGUGUGUCGAUUUCCAUCCGUACCCGGCCUCACAUCCCCAUCCCUCGCAUGACUGACCCCUUCCCGUCUGCCAUCCAUCAAUCAAUCCUUCCCGUCGGUGUCUACCACGGUGUCGUGGGUGUCUGUCUACCUUCCAUGUUUCUUACUGCAUUUUGCGGCUUUGCCUCCCCGAAGUUGUGUUGUCGGGUCCCCCCCCCCCCCCUUCUUCCCACGGCUCCAUCGUUCAACUCCCAAGGGCCCCAUCUCCAGUCCCGGUCCUAGGCCCAGUUCCCAGUCCCAGUCCCAGUUCCAGUUCCAGUUCCAGUUCCAAUGCACCCCCGGUCGCAUCCCUGACCCCUCGACUCCUCAAGACUGAGGAGCACAGAAAGAGAGAGAGAGAAAGAAAGAGGGAAUAGAGGACCACUUUGGGGCAGUUGGGCCACACCCUAGACAGGAAAGCUCCAUGUCAGCUCCCCUUCAAACUCCCCCUCUCACCACCCUCCUGUCCUCCCGCCCCCGUCUCCGUUCUUCUCAGUGGAUGCCUCCCUCCGUCUAGUCCAUCUGCGAGUCGCAGCUACUGCAGCUCCCACACGAGAGUCUCCAGUGUUCAAGUCUCCCGGUCCCAAGGCCAGGCUUUUAGGUCAAGUCUAGGUCCCAGCUGGUAGCCCACGACUUUCCCAAAGGUCCAGGGUGCACUUGUCCUCGAUAUUGGAUUGCGCAAAAAAAAUCUCCUACAAAGUUAUUAGCUGCCCGCUCCCGUCUUGUCCCUCGCCCCAGCCGACCGCGGGCGCUCCAUCAAACAAUCAACCUAAUCAGCCUUACCAGCGACGCUUGACCUGUCGGGUGUUUUCUGUUCUGUGUCUACUCUAUUAUUACUGUACAUUUUUGGUCUUCCACAUCAUCACAAGAGCCUCCGGUCGCUUCUAUACAUUACAUACCUUUGACAGAGUCACCUUACUCUCCGUACAUUAUCCGUACUCCUCCCUCUCUCUCUUACUCUUCGUCAUCUCUCUCGCCCUCAUCCUCGCCCAUCCUCGCCCAUCCUCACAUUCCUCCAUCCCUCCCAUCCCGCUAUUGCUCUCCCACAUACCUUGCCUUCCCGGACGAGCCCACUCGCUUUGUUUCUUUCCAUCAUAAUCCAAGUACGCACACCUGCACCCUUAUCCCUCACCUUAUUCCUCCUCGCUCGCCUCCCUCCCUCACGACCAAAGCGGGCAAACCCUCUCCUCAACAAUCAACCCUGUGCUUCGCGCUAGAAUUUCUGCCCCCCCAGUCUGCCUGGUUUUACUGACGCCCACCGUUCUCCCUUCGUUUUUUAGUCCGCGCGCCAUAGACGAUUCCUGGAGAAAGUUCCUGUCGCAAGAAAAAGUUUACACCUACAUCGUAUAUAAUUCACGACCGGAAAACCCAAAACUUCCCACAAGCAGCUGCGCCCUCUACGUGUGUGUGUGCAGCCACAUAGACGUGCCCUUCAACCUCUGCGUCCUCUCGCUUCUCGCCAGCCACCACAGCAACCUCUGUGUGACAGACAGACCCAAAGAGCAGCAUCAAGCAGCAAGCGAGGUGCAUCCGAUCUCACCAUCGCAGCCGCGAACUUUCCCCCCCAUUCGCCGCACCAAAAGAGGUCAACCUCCGGAAACCCUCGCUCCUCCUCUCUCUCUCUCCGCAUCCCCCCGGACACUCGACCGCAUCUUCUGUGACCGUCUCUCCUGCGUAGAGACCGACCACAAACAUGACCACCACCGCCCGGCCAGCAGGUCGGUACGGAAGCUUCCCCAUGGCAAACGGCCAGAAUGAGAAGCCUGCCACCGGCGUCGCCCCCGGCUUCACAGGCUCCAACUUGUACUCGCAAAACAUCUGGAACACAACGUACACAGGAGGCGCAGGAAAGAGAGACCCCCGAGGCCCGGAAGACAGCUUCGCUGGACAGCCAUCAGGGUCCGGUGCCCUUGCUGCGAACUCGGAGGCGGACACGUGGACUCAGAAUCCCUGGAACCAGGACACCCAGACUCGAUCAGCAUCAGGCAGUACCUCGCCGAACCGCACACGCGACAGCAUCCACAACAGCAAUUCCUUCUUCGACAACAACGCCGUCGGGCAGGGACGCAACCUCAUCAAUGGACGGCCGAAAUCAUACCUGGAGGAGGACAAGGAGAACACGGGCUUCGGGCCCAGCUACGGCGGCGCCUUUGAUGGUUCGUACGCAAGGCAGGAGAAGCGAGGUUCCAAAGACAAUGCCUAUCUGAACCUCGGCGUGGUGGGUGCUCCCUCGAGAGACAGCAGCAUUCCUCCCUCGCGCCAGUCGGACGACUCGCACCAUUCGCCCCCUGCCUUCCGAGACAACUUUGGGGGCUAUGGUCACACUCCCAGCAACUCGAUUGCCUCGAGCCGUCCCGCCAUCCCCGGCCACUCUUCCUCCUUCCCCACACAGACUACCAACAACAGGGCCUUUAUGGCCAACGGCAGACAGAUGGACGAAACGGACCUGGCUCCUCAGUUCAAGAAGUCCCUCACGCUCGACGAAGCCCAGAGCAUCGCCGCCGGUGCGCAGAACUUCCAGUUCAACCCCGUGUCUCAGCCCUGGAGGGGCGACAUGAACGCCGCCAUCACUGGCGAAAUGUACGCUGACGCCAUGGCGGCUCAGUACAAGCGCGGUUCCGCCGACCGCAUCGCCGGUGCCUCUGGUCAGUACCGGGUUGUCACUAGCCCCAAGACAUAUGCGCCUCAAGCGUCUGACCUGUGGACCCAACGGCCGUCGUCCCGCGAUCUGAGAAUGGUCCCGGAUGGCGACCGUCGAACGCCCGUUCCCGCCUUCAUCCAGGCGCAGGCGCCCGCAUUCUACCCUGGACCUUACUACACUCCCAACUUUGCGGGCCAGUACCCUCCGCAAAUGUUCGACCCUUACGGACGUCCAUCGCUUCCUCUGCCGAGCUACGGCCUGCACAUGGCGCCGUACUCGAUGCCGGGCGUGAUGCCUAUCCGGCCCAGCAAGGACCAGGACCCUGGCAAGGGCGUCCGCAGCUUGCUCCUGGAGGAAUUCAGGUCCAGCUCCAAGUCGAACAAGCGAUACGAGCUGAAGGACAUUUACAGCCACAUUGUCGAGUUCAGUGGCGACCAGCACGGAUCGCGCUUCAUCCAGCAAAAGCUCGAAACUGCCAACAGCGAUGAGAAGGAUCAGGUGUUCCGCGAGAUUGAGCCCAACGCCAUCCAGCUGAUGAAGGAUGUCUUUGGCAACUACGUUAUCCAAAAGUUCUUUGAGCACGGCAACCAAGUCCAGAAGAAGGUUUUGGCGUCACAGAUGAAGGGCAAGGUCGUCGACCUGUCCAUGCAGAUGUACGCCUGCCGCGUUGUCCAAAAGGCCCUGGAACACGUUCUCGUCGAGCAGCAGGCCGAGCUUGUCAAGGAGCUGGAGCCCGAGAUCCUCAAGGUCGUCAAGGACCAGAACGGCAACCACGUCGUGCAGAAGAUCAUCGAGCUGGUUCCCCGCCAGUACAUUGACUUCGUCAUGGACGCAUUCCGCGGCCAAGUCAGCCAGCUGGCGGCUCACAUGUACGCCUGCCGGGUCAUUCAGCGCAUGUUGGAGUACGGCACAGAGCAGGACAAGGAGACCAUCUUGGCUGAGCUGCACAACUCGACGCAGGUUCUCAUCACCGACCAGUACGGCAACUACGUCGUGCAGCACAUCAUCGAGCACGGCAUGCCCGAGGACCGAUCGAGAAUCAUUCAGCUUGUCAUUGCACAGCUGGUCACCCUGUCCAAGCACAAGUUUGCGUCCAACGUUGUGGAGAAGUGCAUCCAGUACGGUAACGCGGAAGAGCGCAAGGGCAUUCGGGAGCAGAUCAUUUCCCAGGCCAGCGAUGGUACAAGCUCGCUCCAGCUGAUGAUGAAGGACCAGUACGGCAACUACGUCAUCCAGAAGCUGUUGAACCAGCUCGAGGGUGCCGAACGCGAGGCCUUUGUGGAGGAGAUGCGACCCCAGUUCCAGACACUCCGCAAGACCAGCACUAGCCGCCAGCUCGCUGCUAUUGACAGACUCAUCUACGCGACGACGCAGACGACGCCGUCCAAGUCUGGGGGAUCCCAGGCCGACACCAACUCGGCCGCGCCAACCCCGGUUCUGACCAUGGAGCCCAACAGCCCCCAGAGCAGCAGCCCGCCCAGCACCAGCGCCAGUGCCGUUGGCGAAGUUGCCGAGGACGACAACAAGUCCAGCGCGCCCGGAGGUGUCAGCCUCAAGGUGCAGGUAGAGGAGGCCUGAUAACAGUACUACACGAAUCUUUUGCGAUGACGGCGUCUACGGUUGCUUCGGACAUGCAUCACGACACCAAACGGACUUGACGAUCCCGGCCCACGUGCCAGACUUGUUUAAAAGAGAAGAAAAAAAGACGACGAACACUUACCUAAUUUUGUUUACACAUACCUGAUCUGAAUAUGCAACUCCAAAAAAUUCACCCACAUACAUGGCUGGAACACGGUCACAACGGUAGAAAAAUUGCUUGGACAAACAUUUGGGGAAAGGCGAGGGUUCCCAAAACGGACAUGAUUCUCUGUUGCUUCUUUUUUUUGGUUGCAAAGUUUUCUGGACUUUUAUUUUGCAAAGUAAUGAGUCUGAGGUCUCCGGAGAGCUAUUGGAAGGAUUUAUCACAGGAACAACGGCUGAGCGAUACGAACACGGAAAGCGACCGGUUGGAAUUUGAGGUUCCUAUCGGGGGUUUGUCGGGUUUCCAACAAGGAGGGCAUCGGGGCCGGUCAUUUUGGGGCGC